UAUCCCCACUGGCACCCGUACCUCUAGAAAGGUAGCAAGAUGGCUGCGGAGCCGAACAAGACAGAAAUUCUGACCAUUUUUAAAAGACUACGGUCUAUUCCAACUAACAAGGCGUGCUUUGACUGUGCUGCCAAGAACCCCAGCUGGGCCAGUAUACCAUAUGGAGUGUUUCUGUGCAUCGACUGCUCUGGCAUUCAUCGCUCUCUAGGAGUGCACCUCAGCUUUAUCAGAUCCACUGAGCUGGACUCCAACUGGAGCUGGUUUCAGCUGAGAUGUAUGCAGGUCGGAGGAAACGGCAACGCGACGGCCUUCUUCCGCCAGCAUGGCUGCUCCACCAAUGACACGACCGCCAAGUACAACAGCCGCGCGGCACAGAUGUACCGAGAGAAGAUCCGACAGCAAGCCAACACGGCGCUGUCUAAAUAUGGGUCUGACCUGUGGAUUGACCCAUCCAGUGUGAGCAGCCAGCCUGCAGCCCCAGAGAAGAGACAGACAGACUUCUUUGCUGAGCAUACUCAGCCUUCAAACAGCUGGGACGUGACAGCUCCUUCCCUGACAGAACACAAUGGAACCCUCACUCAACUAUUGGAGGACACACCCAAAGCCCCCCACACCGCCAGCACUCAGCUGGAGGAAGGACCAAGCAUUGAGGGACUGAGCACUGAGCAGUCUCCCAAAGUCGCUAUAGAUGUGAAGCAAUCCAUCAUUGGGAAAAAGAAGCCCAGCACUACUAAGAAAGGGCUGGGUGCUAAGAAGGGCCUGGGGGCCCAGAAGGUGAGCAGUAAGAGCUUCUCGGAGGUGGAGAAACAGGCCCAGGUAGCUGAGAAGCUGAGAGAGGAGCAAGCAGCUGAUGCUAAGAAACAGGCAGAGGAGUCCAUUGUGGCCUCCAUGCGCCUGGCCUACAAGGAGCUGGAGAUUGACAGGAAGAUGGACAACAAGAAGAUGCAGAACAUGGAGGGUAAGAAGAGAGAGCAGGCUGAGAGACUGGGCAUGGGCUUCGGCAACCGCAGCACCAUAUCUCACUCAGUGAUGUCAGAGAUGCAGGUGAUUGAGCAGGAGACGCCCUUGGGGGCCAAGUCCUCGCCUCGCUCCAAACUGGACAUGUUGGAUGAGCCGGGCUUCUCCUCCGGACCCCCUAAGUACAAGGACAACCCGUUCACGGCGGGCGACGGCUUCGGCUCGCGGUGGGACUCUGAUGGGGGCGUGGCCUCUUUCACCUCCUCCUGGGCCCUGGAGAAGGAGGAGCCUAAAGAGGAGGUGACCAUAUCCAGCAUCCAGCCUAUCGGAGAACGGCCCAGUCGGCGGAAGGCGGAGGUGGCGGCGCCCGUGUCCGAGUCGAGCGAGGCCCGGCAGAAGUUUUCCAACGCCAAGGCCAUCUCUUCCGACAUGUUCUUCGGCCGUGAGAACUACGGCGAGUAUGAGGCCAAGACACGUCUGGAGGGCCUGUCUGGCAACACGUCCAUCAGCUCUGCUGACCUGUUUGGGGACGGGAGUGACCGUGACACAGGGGCAGCAGGUUAUGAGAGUGUGCUGCCGACGGGGCCAGACAUUGCUCAGUUCAAACAGGGGGUGAAGACUGUGGCGGGCAAGAUGGCCGUGCUGGCCAACGGCGUCAUGAACACCAUACAGGAUCGCUAUGGCGCUUACUGAAGAGACCAGGACGACCAACACCCAGCUGCAGGGGGAGAGGGAGCCAUGACGUCAUACUGACAGAGAGUGGAGGGGGGGGACAGAGCAAAUCACUACUGACUGGUAUCUAGUGAGAGAAGGGAAGAGAGAUUGCAUGAAUGGAGGGGGACCCUACACCCCCCCCCAACCCCGUUUCUGUCCAUCCACUUUACAGAGAGUGAGACAAAGUUUUAUUUUCAGCGAAGAAAGCUCUGGAAGGUGUAAAGUAUUUUUUUUCCUGUUCUAACUAGUCUUGUUUUCUAUACUGUUUUGGUCUCUGAUUUCAACAAAUAUUAAUGAUAUAAAGUAUUCUCUAAGAAUGAUAUGAUAACCAA